GUCAUGGUCAUGUUUAUUUUUUAUCAGCAAGCCGAGCGUUGCAUUAACGUACAUGUAGUAACUUUAUCUGGACACACGGGCUAACACAAACGCGUAGCGCGUUACAGUCUAAACCCCUCCUCCGUUACAGUUUGCAGAGUGCUACGUACAAUAGAAUACAAUAUAAUGAAGAACGGCUUGCGAGCACGCAUGAAUUGAAGUUUGCUGGUCGAAGCCACACGACAAGCAACAAAUGGUAGCCCUUUCUUACGGAUUUUGUAGAUAGUAAGUCCUUCAAAACUUCACGGCUGUUAACCAUUUGGAGCUUCGCGAGGCGACACAGGAUUGCUUGUCAAUAACACCAGCGCCAAGCCCUCAUCCCCACCUCCACCUCAACCCUCUCCCACCACCUCCCAAAACAGCUCCCCCAUGGCGUCCGGCCCCCUCGACAAGCACCCUGCCGGCGACACCAACCCCGACCCCCACGACGAAUGGCCCUCCUGCCCGCUGGACCUUGACCUUGACCUGGACCACCACGCAUUCCCGACGGGCCAGGAGUUCCUCCUUCCCAUGGGCCUCCGCCACGACUCCGUCAUAGGCACCAGCAUCCUCCACCAAGCCGUAGACCGGGCCUCAGGCGGGCUGCGACGCAGCCGUGCGACUCCCGGUGAGGGGUGCUCCCUUGAUGAGGCGGUGGUUUCGCUGGGGUGGGAGCUGGGGUUGUCGCUGGAGGGCGCUGUGGGGCCGACGGCGGGAGGCGUGCAUGGGAGUGCGACAGGGCCGCAGCGGUUGGGACAUGUCGGGGAGCUUGGCGGGUCAGCUGGAGCGGCGGCAGCAGGAGCAGGAGGAGGAGGUGGAGGAGGCGGGAUGGGAGGCGGGGUUACGGCCUCAGCGCUGCUGCACGUGCCUGAGGGCCUCAUGGGGACUACGGAGCUGCCUAGCGCGGCGUCCUGUCUGGGCAUCGGAGGAGGAGGGGCUGGAUCAGGGGGUAUAACUGGGGAAGGAUGCGGAGGCGGAGGCGGCGGAGGAGGACUGGCGGCGGCUGGGCAUGCGGGUACGGACAGGAAGAGCGGAGCGGGAGACCUGCCAAGCGGGGGUUAUCUGCAGCGGGGGCAGCAGCUACUGCUGACAGAGCAACAGCUGAUGCUGCUACGAACGUACGGCACCAUGGGGCUACAACAGCCGCUGCAACAACAACAGCAGCCACAACAGCCGUCCUCCCAGCACUUCAUAAACCCCAUUACCUACCAAAGCCAGGUGGUGCAGCUGCAGUUGCAACAACACCAACCACCCCAACCGCCGCCGCCUGCACCUCAACGGCUGCAGCAGCAGCUCCAGCAGCAUCAACAGCAGCUGCUACAACAGCAGCAACAGCAGCAGUUACAGCAUCAACAGCAGCAUACGGAUGACCUGGCGACUACGAGGUCGAGAGGGGUAUCCAGUCUCCUACCGCAACAACAACAACAACAACAGGCGCAGCAGCAACAGCAGCAGCAGCCUGCAGCACAGAACCAGCUGCAAGGUUCCCGAUCCCUGGGCGGCACGUCCACCCGCGACAUGCCUGAGCAACAGCAGCAGCCGCUACAACAGCAGCAACCGCAACAGCAGCAACAGCGGCCGGAGGCACCGGUCCUACGGCAACGCAGCGGGCGGGCGCCAAACCGCCCCCCGGCAGCAGCAGCAGCACCUUCUUCUCAGCAGCAGCAGGAGGAGGAGCAGCAGCCGGUGUUGCGGCGGUGGCUGGCCGACCUGCAGCUACGGUUGAAGCUGCUACGCAAGGUGCUUGCGGACGCGGUGCGCCGCAAGCCCUGGAUCGUGGCGGCUCCGCUGCUGCUGUGCUGCCUGCUGUGCGGGCUGGGGCUGUUCGGGGUGCUGUACGCCUCACAGCGCAGCGUCACAUCACAAAAGGCUUACGCCAAGGAGGCUCUUGCGUCCGCCACCGCGAGCGCCAUCUCGGGGCAGCUGGAGAUCGCGUCAUUCGCCGUUAUGACCAUGACCACCUACCUCAUUCAGCAGCCCAACUGCGGCGACCUCAACCGCACCUUCACCAACCUCUCCUCAACCAUCCUCAAUUGGGAUGAGAAGGGGCUGGUGUAUCAGGUGCAGGCGCUACCCGCUGCCGUACUCAACUACUUCUACCCGGCGCCAGCUGACGUACAACUGAUGGGGCGGGAUCUGCUGCACGUGUCCCUGUACCGCAAUGACACACUGUACGAAAUACGGCAACGCAAUAAGCGGUUGAUCCAAGGACCGUACGACCUGUUGGAGGGAUUCCGUGGCAUGUUCGUCACCUACCCCGUCUUCCUGCCAGCUCCCAACGAGCUCCACGACUGGGACUGCGGCGUCCAACCCUACGACUGCCCCCCUGGAGUCUGCUGGCUCCCCGGCGAGGGCCUCAAGCUGUGGGGCCUAGCCACCAGCGUCAUCUCCCUUGACCGCCUGCAAAGCAACUUCCGCUUCCAAGCACUCGAACACCAAAACUACCGCUACCACCUCUACCAGCUGGCCGACGACAUCAAUCGCGCAGCUGUGAUCAGCGUCAGCAAUCCACCUCCCUCCGACCCCGUCAGCGCGAGUAUUACCAAGUUUAACCUGCAGUGGGUGCUGGAGGUGUCUCCGGAGGCGGGGUGGCAGCCCGUGUGGCGCAACCCAUGCCUAGCGGCGGUGGUGGUGGGGUCGCUGGCGGUGUCGGUGCUGGUGCUGUGGUUGCUGCUGACGAGGGAGAAACACAACAUGCUGCUACAGGCCAUGUUGCCGAGAAAGGUCAUCUGGCGGCUGCAGCGCGGCGAGCAAACGGUGGUGGAGGAGUUUGCGGAGCCGGUUACCAUCCUCUUCUCAGACAUCGUGUCGUACACUGAGGUGGCCUCCAAGCUCACUCCGCUGCAGGUUGUACGACUGCUGAAUGAGCUGUACACGCAGUUUGACGCGCUGUGCGACAAACAUGAGGUGUACAAGGUGGAGACCAUUGGCGACGCCUUCAUGUGCGUUGCGGGGUGCCCCACUCGGGAGGACCCGGUGCGGGCCGCAGUGCGGAUGGCGCACAUGGCGCAGGACAUGAUAGCCAUGGUGGAGCAGUUCAAGACGCGGGUGGGCAAGGAUGAGAUGCGGGUCAAGAUACGAGUGGGCCUGCACUCGGGACCCGUGGUGGCUGGUGUCAUUGGGCAGCGCAUGCCUCGGUACUGCUUGUUCGGCGAUACGGUGAACACGGCCAGCCGCAUGGAGACCAACAGUGCGCCCCUGUGCAUCCACAUCAGCUCCUCCACAGCCUCACUGCUGCGGAAAGCAGGAGCCGCAGUGGUGCUGCCGCAGCGGCCGCCGCAGCCGCCGCCACCCCCGCCGCAGCCGCGACCCAUGGGUCCGCCCUCACUGCUCAACUGGGACCGGGCCUCCUCCGGCGGACCAACCACCGGCCGCUCGCAUGUCGUCACUGGCGACAACAACAUUACCAGCAACCAGCAUAACACGCCGAAUAGUGCGCCCUGGAGCAACCGAAGUAACAUGGAUGCGGCAGCAGCUGCGGUGUCGGGGGCGCAGGUGCUGCCUCAGCGCACGUCUGCGCCCAUUGCCGGCACGGCUGCACCCGCAGCAGCAGCAGCAACAGCGGGAGCGGCGGCGGCGACAGCAGCCUCCUUCCAGGGUGCCGGAGGGGCCGCAAACGUAGUUGCGGGUGUGGGUGCUGCCAUCGGUGUUGUCGGUGUCAUGGGGAACCGAGAGGCAGCAGCAGGGCAGCCGUCUCCAGUGGGGUUGCCCACAGCUGCUUCUUCCCCUCUGCUGCUGCAGCCCACAGCAGCCUCGCUACUCAGCUUGUCUCUGUUGCUCGACCAGCAUGAGCAGGCUUCCUUUGACCACCCAGCGCUCUCACACCCGCCCUACCUCCUGCCGCAGCCGCAACACAACAACCCCGCAGACCCGCAAAGACCCAUGGGUCUGCAGGGCGGACAGCAGCAGCAGCUGCUGCUGCAGUCACAGGGGCUGCCGCAGUGGCAGCUGCAGAGCUUGCAUGGAGGUGUGCAGCCGGGGCAGCAGCAGGGCCCGAUCUUGGUCCUGCAGGGGGCGUCGCCGCAGCCCAGAGCCAUGGGGGUACGGUACGGGGGUGCGGUCGGUGGAGCCAAGGUGCCUUCGCCCCUGGCUGCGCACUUAGUGUUGUACAGCCGCGGACGAGUGCUUAUCAAGGGCAAGGGCCUUAUGCACACCUUCUGGCUGGGCCCAGGACCGCAACCCGGCAGCACAUCAGCGGCGGCGUCACCCCAGCCGCAGCCGCAGCUGCAGCCGCUGGGAUUCGAUGCGGCUGCUGCUUGGGUUCGAACCGGCUUCCCCAACGGUCCCCCGCAAAACCCAAUUCGAGGCCUGCCUUCCACCACCACCGACGGCCUGACGAGCCCUGCGUCUGAGCCGCCGAGUGUCGGGGCAAUCGGCUCAAGUAGCGCGCCGAGGAUGCCAGCCGACCCACGGGACGGCAGGGAGCCCAAUGACGCCGGCGUCAUUCCCGCAACCGUCUCGGUCGCCUUCGCGGCAUUGCCACCGGCUGCUGCUGCUGCUGUUCCUGACGCUGGUGGCAAUGCCAUUUCGGCAGCGCCGACAACAACCAGCAAGAUGCCUUCCCGCUACAUGCUAGGCGGCAGCGACUGCGGCCUUCCAAUGGUCUCUGGGCAUGGCAGCAGUGAUGCAUUGGCACAGCAGCACCCGCAGCUGCCACAGCAGAAGCAGCAGCGGCAUGCAGCGUUGACGCUAUCGCAGCUGGUAGUCGGGCCGCUAACAUCUGCCGACGCUCCUGCCAGCUGCAGCGGCAUUGGAUCCAGAAUCCGGGCUUAUGGUACGGCAACCUCUAUUGCUGACGGCAGGGGCUCCGGCGGCGGGGACAUGGAAUGCUCCUUCAGGGGUGUCAUUGAGUUAUCGAAGCAUGAACUCACAGCAACCCCGGCGCCGUGCAAUCAGCAUGACAUGCUGCUACCCCUGCCUCUGAGUGGAGGUCCGCACUUUAGCUUUGGAGCGCGCAGGGCAGCAUCCAACCAGCAGCUGCAUCAGGGUCGGUCGUCCAUUGAGGAGGCUCCGGAAGAAGGGGAGGAUGAAAGGGAGCAAAGGCAGGCGGCCGAGCCUGAUGAGGCGGCUGCUGACCCAUGGGUCAUUCCGGCCGUGGCUACAGAUGUAGGGGUACAGGGCGGCAAUCUCGAGGAGGCGGCAUCGGAGGAAAAGAUGGCACAGUGCAAUAGCGAGAAAGGCGCAUUGGCAAGCUAGGUGGCAGUAUGACCCGUGGGUCAGUCAUGCAUGCUUUGGCUAACCUUGAAGAAUACGAUGCGACUCUGUAUGAGGGUUUGUGGGCGCCGUUGCUGCGAAGGCAAUGACAAAAAGCACAAUAUGAGCUAAAGAUCCUGGUCAAUCAGCGGCAGGAGGUUGUUUCUGUCCCCCUGAAAGGCUUUAAUGCCUGGUUAGUUGUCUGGAUAGUUGCAUGCUAGUAUCUGCAUGUGUAGCGGGUAAAACCCCAUUUGGGCGGUGGGGGGCCUGUCCGCUUGGUGCUGCCAUGGCAUCUGUGCGGUCUUACAGGGAAGCGUUGGUGCAUUAGCCUUUGUUCGUCAUGUAUGGACGCAUAAUUGGUGGCUGGUACUGGACGCAUAAUUAUGCCUGUGAAAUAUUAUAUGGCAACCUUGGGAUGGCCUUCAUUCAUCGGGUGUUCUGUGAAAGGCGCUGUGUGUUUGGAUGUGAGGUUUAUUUGCGUUCACAUUGUCAACAGGCAGCGGCAGCGGCGGUGGUGUCAGGUUGCAUACUUGUUUGGGAGCCCUCACAAUACAUUGCUCACAAUAUGGGUACAUUCGCCACCUUGCAAUUGCUUGGGAUUUCACGGGUGAUUUCACGGGUGAUUUCACGGUGUGUUGCUCUCCUGCAUUUGUUGGCAUCUGAGAAAAGUGUUGCUUGGGUGCCUGCUGCGUUGGCGGGGUCCGUUCUUUCGCACAGUAGCCUUAUUGUUGGGCCGUUACUGCACCCAUCUGCUCUGUGUACGCUGUAUCCGAUUGUAUUAUCGAUUGACGUAUACCUUUGCCCUGUGUUGCUAUCGAUGACAACCUGCGUGUUGCUUGGAUGCGCAUGGCUGGAGAAGGUUUGCGAGUGUUGCUUGGGUGACGGUGGGCCAAUCAAACGGGGGGGGGCCAAUAUAGCUAGGGGCCAAUCAAUGGACCAACCAGGCAGCUAAUAAACCUGGUCGCGGUUUCAUGCAGGCUUCGCCUGGCAAACGUUUUUGAUAGCAUUGCUAACAUGGGGUUGGAUGGACUGUCGACUAGGCGAGAACAUAAAAGGUGGGUAUUAUAGCUUAAUUCGUGUCCCUGUCCUCGAGUUACUACUAACGGCAGCGGCGCGUAUUGCCUUGAUGUUCCGUUGAUGCGCCGCCGUUGACCACUGAUUCCCUCUCUACGUUGCUUGUUGGUAGCUAGAUAGCCGGACGAGGAGCGAGCCCUCCCUUCGUAGGCCAGGCGGACGUGGUUGCGUUGCGUUGGUACCCCCGAACGGCUCCAUCGGGCCGAGUGGUACCUGCCUGCCUGCCUGCCUGCCUGCAUGCAUGCAUGCAUGCCCCGGGCUUCACUAUUGGUACCGGUGUGUAUCAAGAGUGUAUGUGUAGGGCAGCGGCGGGGGGCAAGUUGGGUCCAAAUUGAUCACAUUCCACCGUGACUCACCUGCUCGCACGCGCCUCGGAGGUGUCUGCAUGCGUGCGUCAGCACUGACACUACUGCGAACAUCGUACAUUGGGAUCGUACGUUGGACUACUGAUGGGGUUUCCUGUCCGUUGAACUUCUGUUUUUUGUGACCCUGGGGACGGGUCAUAUCAUCCGUCUGAACUAUCAGUUACAGUUCUAAUAACUACUUUGACUCGACGAGCUGUAUGUGGGAUUGCUUGCGACCCUCACGUUGUACCCGGGCCCUCGCCUGACCUUAGCCAGGCACCUUGAGGCCCGUACGUCUCGGUUAAUGUGCUUGCGUGUGUGGUUUAUCCGAGCUCUGCGGGCUCAGCCCUUGUUAAGUUGACGCCGCAUGUUGUCGUUUGCUGCCCUGGUUUUGUUGUAAGCGUACGUCCGCACUGGCGUUGCAUGCUUGCUUGGUCAUUGCCAGGCUGUUGGUUUCGUGGUUGUUGGUUGAGGUAUGUGCACGGGUUGGGUUGGCUCGGAUGGGGAAUGACCGCUCUGCAUGCCACCGUCAGACGCUGAAUACGUACUGGGUUGUUGGUUGUUGGGUGCGAAUACUGACUACCGUACUUAACCGUCUACAUGGCGGGCUUGUGUCUGUGUUCUUUUGGAAACCGGUAGUAAUAGUGGGCCGGUAGUGGGCUCCGAUGUGCAGUGAGUAUCACGUCUUCACGUGCAUGCAUGCCAUCCGCCAGCAAGUCCGGCUGUCGAGUCAGUGGUCGUGGGUUUCGUGAGACCGUUGCCUUGCCUAAAUAAUCGUGCGUGGGGGCCUUAUAUGUACCGCCUCGUAUGUACCUGUGUAACGCUCUUGAACGGUGACUGCACGUUAAUUCACAUGGCCUCCAGACACAAUGCUACCGCUCCUUUGCAUGCGUGGCAGGGUUCGCUUGAAGCCCUUGGUAUAGCGGGCAUGCUCGCUCAUCGUGGCAUCAUCGUGGGUGGGGGCAAAAGCAUGACCCAGAUCAACUGGUGUGACGUACGCUUGCCGUGAUGGCGACUGCGGUGGAAGG